AUGGUAGGUAAUGGUGUUACCCCAGUUGAGCAGAGACCUGAGAUACCUGUGCAUAACUCCUUUAAUGCACUACUUGAUAAUGCUGAGGAGACUACAGAAGUUGAAGUGGGGCAGCAGGCAAAUGAUGAAGAUGAUAAUGAAAAGGUGACAACUGAAUUACAGCUAGAAGAGGAAAUGGUGGACAAAGGGCAGGGGUUGACAGCCCCUAUGCCUAAUGAUAGUUGGUGUUUUACCCAUAAUAAUGCACACCAUGAGAAUGGUAGGAUAAUUAUUGGAUGGUGUCCAGGAGCCUUUCAUGUGAACAUCUUGACUAUGAGUAGUCAGUUCAUUCAUUGUGAGAUUAAACCUACUCAAGGUGGGAGGGGUUUUUUCUGUACAUUUAUGUAUGGGUUUAAUGAGUUAAAUAGUAGGGGUCCUCUGUGGGAUGGCAUCAAGGAGAUUGCAAAGAAGGUUGAUGGUGGUUGGGUGUUAAUGGGGGACUUCAAUGCCCUAUCUAAUGUAGAAGAUAGAAUAGGUAGCAUUGUAAGAGUGACUGAAAUCAGGCCAAUGCUGGAAUGCAUGAAUGAUUGUGAUCUUAGUAAUGUUAAGGCUUCUAGUAGACAUUUCACUUGGAGUAAUAAGCAAGAGGGUGCAACAAGGGUAUAUGAUGUGCCUGUGACAAAAAGACCCUUCAAGUUUUGCAACAUGUGGUGUCACUACACCACUAUGAUAGACGCUGUGAAGGAUGCUUGGGAUCAACCAGUGCAGGGGUGUCCUAUGUUUAUAGUGGUGGAGAAGCUGAAGAGGGUCAAAUGGGCUCUGAGGGCCUUAAAGAAGAAGGGUUUUGGAGAGGCUGAGGUUGAUCUUACAAAAGCUAUAGAAGAGCUUACAAAGGUGCAAGAUGAGUUACAUGAAAAUCCUAGAAGCAUAGAGUGUAUAACUCAUGAGAGAGUAACUAUGGAAAAGUGGGUGAACUCUCAUGAAAGGGUCUCAGCAGCAUUCCUGGAAUACCAAAAGACUCUCUAUAAUGGUAAAGAGCAGCAUCAAGUAGUAUUGAGUACCCUUUUGAGCAGAGGAAAGUGUAUUAAUGAGGAGCAUAGGAGCAUCAUUCAGAGUCCUGCUACCAAGGAGGAUGAGAUUGUUGGUGAUGAGGUGUCAGAGGCAAUUCUUGACUUUUUUAAAACAGGAAAAUUGUUAAAGGUAAUCAACAUCACUACCUUAACUCUAAUUCCUAAAGUUACUUGCCACAGUAGUGUUACUGAGUUCAGGCCUAUUGCCUGUUGCUCAGUUCUUUAUAAGUGUAUCACUAAGCUGAUUAGUGAGAAACUCAACAAAAUCUUGCCUAAUAUAGUGUCUUAUAGCCAAGGAGCUUUUGUUGCUGGCAGAAGUAUAUUACAUAAUGCCUUGUUAUGUCAAGAUUUGGUCAAAUUUUACAAUAGGAAAACUACUAGAGCUUGUUGUAUGAUGAAGCUUGACCUCAAGAAGGCCUAUGAUACUCUUAACUGGCAAUUCCUUCAGCAAAUAUUGGAAGGUGUGGGAUUCCCUAUUGCUUUUGUACAACAGAUUAUGACUUGUGUGACAACUCCCAAGUUUUCAAUUAUGGUGAAUGGAUCUCUUUCAGAAUUAUUUGGAGCUCAGAGGGGGUUGAGAUAA